UAAAGUAUACUUUGUUGACAUUAUAUAGGUGUGAAUCGAAGUUUCAUGUCAUUUGGCACUUUAGUAACCGUUGUACUGCUGGAUUAAUUAUUCUUGGUAAAAAGUAAAAUAUAUCAUCUCAGUUAAAGUUGUAUACUUUAUCACUAAAUAGAGUAAAACAUUUGAGAGAGAGAAAGAGAGAGAGAGUGCCACUCCAUUCAAGAGCAGCGUUAAAUGGGAAAUGUAAUGGAGGACCGUAAGCAUUCGAUAAAUAACGUGACUCCGCUGUCGUUGGGUACUCUCGGAGGCUUCGUCAAAAGAAAAUUGUGGAAUCCCCUGAUCGAGCAUACAACUUCGACACCGUUGAAUUAUCCAGCAAUUCAACAGCGGGAUAGACUCCAAGUUUCCGGUUACAGUAGUUUUGAACUAACAGAGUCACCGAUUUUUUCAUCUCCUGCAACUAAUGGGCGAAAAAUACCUAUGUUGAGAGAUAAUUUAAAUAAAUCUAAGCUCACAUUGUCUCUCGAUGAAACGGAACUGAGCCAAAACAAUGAUGCCAACAACAAUAAUGAAAACAAUUGUAUUUAUGGCACCAAUAAUAACAAUUGUAAUAAGGAUUCUUACAUAAAUAAGGAAAUAAAUAUAAACAAGAUUGAAUCAUCAAAUGAUUUCAGUUCCAGCAGCAUGGAUUCACUACUAAAGAAGCAAUUCAACCAUUGUGAGAAACAAAAAUCGAGUCCAAAAUUUUUGAAGACUUUGAAUGAAAAAAAAAUUCGUAAUACUGGGGUCAACCUGCCGAUUAAAAAAUCUUAUGUGAAAAAGCAAAAAACCACGAAUGGAAAUACUAAAAAGCAAGGAAGUAAAUUAACUGCUUCACAAAACAGCGAUCGUCCGACGUUGUUACGGCGAACCGUAAAAUCACCAAAGUUACAAACGGCCGAAAGAGCAAUGAUAAAGCAGCAACGAGAAAAGGAAAAACAAGAAAAAAGCAAUAAACAAGAAGAUUUGAAAAUACAGCAACUUCGCGAGGAAGAACAUAAAAAAGAGGAAGAAAUGAAAAACAUACGACAACAAACUUUGUUUCGAGCUCAUCCAAUACGAAAAUAUGCACCUUUACCAAAAGUGAAAAAACGUCCGUUAACUGAACCAGUAACACCAUUUGUGUGCAAAAGAAAACGCUUUGAAGUUUAAGGGAUUUUUCGAAUGUACAUUCGUAUGCAAGAAUGACUGGCCUUCAUCGUUUGAAUGAGUGAGAGUAAACUCUGAUGGGCUGCAUCGCAAACAAAUAAAAAAAAAAAAAUUUAUUUAUUGUUUACAAGUUACGGAUGGUAAAGUUUGUGUUUGUCUUUAAAUUAUAAAAUCGGUACAGUUGAGUUGAUUAAUACAUAAUUCAGAUACUUUUUAUUCUCGUCAACAUUCAACUUGAUUCCACGACGUUAAAUUUUUUUUUUGAAACCUUCUAUAUGCAGACAAAUUUGAGGCUUAUUUUCAAGUUUUCAAUGUGAAAAUAACCAAUGUUAUUAUUAAACCAAAUUAUUUAAUCAAUUAAAGAUUUAAA